CUUGAAAUGUUGAUCUGGCAGUUCGCCAUUCCAGUUGAUCUAUUACAUUCCCCCGCUGAAUGGAAGGUGCAUACGACAGCUUCAGCGACAGCUAACGGCGGCGCCAUUUCAAAUUUUUCAGUUCUUGCAAAAGGGCUUUUGUGUGGAUUCCUGCAUAUUUUUUCCAUAGCUGUUGUGUUUAUUCUUUAAAUCUGUGUUAAUUUUUAAUAUUUAGUGAGAGAGCCAUAGCCCGGAAAUUAUUUCCAUUAGAAGCCGUGAUAAAUUUUUUACAGAAAAAUCAAUAAUCGUAUUUGGGUUAAAAAUCUUUAAAUUAAAUAAACACAUAAUGGCCGACGCAGAUAACGUACGCGUUGCGGUGCGAAUUAGGCCGCUCGUGUCUUUGGAACGUGAGCGUGGUUGUCAGGAGGCUGUGGAGCGCGUCGGUGAUUCCUCACAAGUAAUAGUCAACCGUACAGAAACAUUUACCUUCAAUUAUGUGUUUAAUGCUCAUGAUACACAAGAAUAUAUAUAUGAUGUGAUUGUGACGGACCUAUUGGACAAAUUUUUCUCGGGUUUUAAUGCCACAAUACUUGCAUAUGGCCAGACUGGAUCUGGAAAGACUCACACGAUGGGCACAGCCUUUGAUGGGGAGUUGGAUGAAAAUGCUGGCGUUAUACCACGUAUAAUGCGCGACAUAUUUGAGCGCAUUAAAAAGUUGGCAGAAGAAUACGACUUCGUUGUCAAAUGUUCUUUUAUGGAGUUGUACCAGGAACAACUAUACGACUUACUAUCGGACCAGGCACGCGAUCAUGCUAUAGUGGAGAUGCGUGAAAAUCGCAAUGGUGUUAUCAUGCCUGGGCUGACUGAAAAGCAGGUGACAUCGGUGAACGAGACAACUAAUUGCCUGUUGCGCGGGUCUGCAGGACGCGCUGUGGCGGCUACAGCAAUGAACGAGCAAUCCUCACGGUCACAUGCGAUUUUCACUAUCACGGUUGAGGCUACCAAGAAAGAUGAAGCGAACACAGUAACUACCUCCAAGUUUCAUUUAGUUGAUUUGGCUGGGUCGGAACGUUCAAAGAAGACACAAGCCACCGGUGACCGCUUCAAAGAGGGCGUAAAAAUAAAUCAGGGUCUUUUGGCUUUGGGGAACGUAAUAUCUGCACUUGGUUCUGGUCAGGGCUCUGGUUUCGUUCGUUAUCGUGAUUCUAAGCUGACUCGUUUGUUGCAAGAUUCUCUUGGCGGCAAUUCGAUCACACUUAUGAUUGCCUGCGUUAGUCCGGCCGACUAUAAUGUUGCCGAGACCUUAAGUACUCUACGCUAUGCAGACCGUGCCCGAAAGAUUAAAAAUAAGCCAAUCGUUAACCAAGACCCUCAUGCCGCUGAAAUUAAUCACCUCAAAAGUAUCAUACAGAAGUUGCGUGUCGAACUGUUGGCCGCGGGGGGUGGCACCACCACAAUGAGUAGCUCCCUUAAUAGCGCACUGCAAAGCAUGCCAACGCCCCCUGUAGGCGCUAGCAUUUCAAAUGUCAAUGGUGAAAUUGCAAAAAAAUAUCAAGUGCUCCAAGAAAAAUAUCACACCCUUCAGCAACAAUUACAAACCACUCUCCACGAUGUAGCAGAACAUGAAAUGCGUGCUCACCUCACAGAGGAGGCACACGAAAAGCUAAAAAUUCAACUGAACGACCUCAAGGCAAUCGCAGUAGAUUUGGGGAAAAACUACAAACUGAAUGCGCCCACAGAAGAGCAGGAAGCCACUGCAGAACGCAUCAAACAAUUGAAUCAGUUGGUGGACGGUCUAGACGGGGAAUUAGAACGCACUCAGGCGGAAAUAGAAAAUCACAAACGUGCUACGAUGAAUGGCAGCAUUGGCGGUGGAGACGAAGAAGAUACCAGUGGUGCACUCCUUGAAGUUCACUCCCAAAUGCAAGAGCAAACUGAUGCAUACACCCACAUACAAAUGGACUUCAAAGAACAGUUGAGGCGCAUCAAUCGGGAACUCAACCUAAAAGAAGAGCUGCAUCAACGCGUUGCUGGAAAUUUAGUUAAAUUCUGCACUCUGGAAGACAAUAACGAAGAGAAGUUCAAGGAAUGUGAGAAAAAAAUACAAGAGCUUGAAGACGAAAGAAAUCAGUUGCUUGACAAAUUGCGUCAUGUUAAAGAAAAUGCUUCCGCAAAACUGGCAGAGGAACGCCGCAAGCGCCUACAAACACUCGAACAAGAGAUCAGCGAAAUGAAACGAAAGAAUAUGCAACAAGCCAAACUGCUAAAGGUGCGUGAGAAGGAGACGCAGAAGAUACAGAAUCUGCAUACAGAAAUACAGGCGAUGAAAGAGUCUAAAGUAAAAUUAAUACGCGCUAUGAGACAAGAGUCAGAAAACUUCCGCCAAUGGAAAAUGUCCAGAGAGAAAGAACUGAUCCAGCUGCGCAACAAAGAUCGUAAACUAAAGAACGAAAUGGCGCGAAAGGAAGCAUUGCACACAAAACAACGUAAUGUUUUGAAACGCAAGUGCGAAGAGGCUCUGGCCAUCAACAAACGGCUUAAAGACGCAAUCGACAGACAGCGUGCCGCUCAAACUCAACGACAAAAGACUCACUCGUCAAAAGAUGGAAAUACGGCUAGUAAUAAGAUCGAUCAAGUGAUUUCGUUGGUUGAACGUGAAUUAGAGGUAAUUGUUUCGUUCAUCGAUGCGGAACACACACUGGAACAGUUGAUGGAAGAUCGUGGCAUUAUUAGCGCUCGCAUUGCAGAAUUACAAAAUCAAAAACUCGCACCAGGCAGCGUCCCAUCCCAAGAACUGCCAACGCUUAAAGAAGAUCUCGAAAUGCGCAAUGCACAGAUAACCGAUUUGCAGCAAAAAGUAUACACGGUCGAUCUUGAGGGGCGCAUGCGCUCCUUGUACGAUAACAUACAGAACGUUGCCGAGGCGCGUGCUAUGAUGCGCCAAUUGCUCAAGUCGAUUUCGGUUAUGCGACGCGAACAUGCCGUUCGUUUGCAGGAACAAAAGAUGGCCUUAGAUGAGCAGACUGCGCUGCGAGAGUCAGCCGAGCAAGCAAGCGCAGUAGCAACUAAACGUAUGCGUCUAAUGGAGUUGGAACACGAGGAGGCCAUUGCCGAUCGGGAGAAUACAUAUGAGGAUAAAAUAGCAGUACUUUUGAGAGAAUUACAUAAUGCACCACUGCUGGCUGUAGGCACGGGUGACAAACUAACACCAGAACAGGAGGAGCGAUUCAAAAUCCAAGAGGAACAAUUGAAUAAAAUGGAAGCGAUGCGCGAGGAAUUGGAGGAAUACAAACAAAUGGUAAAUGAGUUGAAAUUAGCGGUGCAAGCGAAGGGUACACGCAAAACAGAGGUUUUCAAAAAGCUAAAAUCAAAUCCAGAAACUGUAGUAAUUACUGAUGAAAUCUUCCUUUCGAGUGAAACCGACACCGACGACGACCACCGUGAUCCGGACUGGGGAAACACGCCGGCAGUUAAACAUGCCAAACGAUUACACCCUCGUAACACCAAAAACACGACCAAAAACACUAGCUCCGGCAAUGAAACACUCACUACAGAAGCCGUUGACACCGAAGUGAAGUUGAUGCAACAAAUACAACAACAAGAAGCGAAGCUCAAUGUAGGAAAAAGGAAACAUAAGUCUUGCAAAUGUCGUGUUGGAGGUUGUGUUACCAAGCGUUGUGGAUGUUCUGCAGGAGGUGUUAAGUGCACAGAAAAGUGUUUAUGCAAAGGUUGCAAAAAUCACGAACAGGGUGACAUCAGUGAAAACAAAGAGAAUGACGGUUCUUUCAUUAGCAAUAGCACUGACAAUAGUCAACAGCAGAUCAAUGAGCAGUCGCUGGAGCGGACACCGCCCAAAGCUAACGUUUCCGAUAGCAUUGAUGAAAGCAAGGAUUCUACUUUUGUAAAGCCCAACCCCGCCUAUCUAACACCGAAAAUGGCCAGAUUAUCCACGAUAUCCUUCGAUUUGCCUUCUUCCAAGAAGAAAUUUUUCGAGUGAAGACGUCUCAAACUACAAUAUGACUAGACUUGUUGCAAAUCAACCACAAUUUAGGUUGAGGGAGGAACUGAUUUUCAUUCAUAUUAUUUUCAUUUAAUAUUUUAAUUAAGGUUUUUCCAUAGCUCUUAAUCUCUACAUUUCGCAUGUCGGCAUUUACUGCAUCGUUAAAUACAUAUGUACACAUUUUUUAGUUAUUUAAGGCCCAAUGCAACUAAUGCCCCUCCUCCAGUCACCUACAAUGUGAUUGCUCUCGCUAUGGUAAACAACAACAAUAAUUACAUUAAGCUGUAAACCUCUUUAGCCAAAAACAAUUAUAUAACAGAAAUAUUAUUUUCCUUAUCUAUGUAUAUUUUGGGCAAAUUAAAAAAAAAAAAAA